UCCAUCUUUUGUUUGUUGUCAGACAACGAACGAUUUUCUUCUUCCACCGAUUUCAGCAGAACAGAGACAAAGAACCGACCGACAUUUUGCGUAUUUAUAUUCCCGACAGACGACACAUGUCAACAACGAUCCAAGCCCACGAAGAUACACCCACCAAACUGCGCCAUUCCCACGAAAUCGGCUCCUCUCUUCCUCCGACACCAAGUCCUGUUGUUAUUUUAUAAGACACAAGGACGAUCACCCCAGGAGGAAGUUAUGUAUACCAGCUGAUGUCUUCUCACUCACUGGGUUGCAGCUAGGCAGUUAUGGCUACCAAGGUGACCGGGUCGUCAUCGUCCACCCAGACGUCUGUGCCACCGUUUUACAUUUGGGUGAGGGCCGAACCUUUCAACUAUGGCACCUUGUCCAUCCCUCCACCCACACGCCUCUCAACGAAUUGUAUUAAGAAGAGUUUAGCCUAUGCCAAGAACAAAGGAGAUCUGGGCUUCCCAAGAAUCAGUUACACGGUCUGGAAGCACAUUGCCUGCAACAAGAUCCAUCUCCCAGAAGACUUGGCAUGGCUAUAUUUCUCCACCUGUCACAUAUUAUCGGAAAACAUUAACCCUGCAGAUCGUGUCGAGUGGAACCAGCGAUACGCAAGAUGUCUGACGAGUCAAGAGAGAGAGGGUCUCAAGAAACAGCUCAACAUCGACACCUACAAAUUCGUCUUGUUCCUCUAUAUACAACAGUUUACGAAAGUCUCGCUCAAGGCUUCACUGGUUGCUGGCGAUGGAUGGCCAAUGUGUUCCAACCAUCACGAUUCGGACAGUAAACUCAACAGGCGUUUGAAGGCAAUGGAUGAACACAGUCAUUUGGGUUUCGUCCAGAACCAUCUGCUACAAAUGUUGGAACUUCUCACAGACCCUGAAAGCCGCAGUAACCCCACAUCAGUUGCUGCAAGCAGUCGGUGUUUAGGCCGCGAUGUCCAAGUGACCCAUGACAUUCUGGAUGCCCUGGGUUUCAUCAUAUCAGCCACAGCAGACAAAUGUAGGACUUUCAUUGAUCUCAAAGACCUCUUCUUACUUCCAGGAAUCAAAUCCAAAGUCUGCUAUUCAAAGAGCAGUCAAACCGUGCCUCUCCAGUCGCUGUACCACUGGCUGAAAGAAAACCUGAUCCCUAAUCCUUUUGGCCCCUCGGCCUGUGUGUCUUCCGGAAGACGUCUUUCUUGGAGAAUGCUCGGGGAGGAGUCUCGAAAUGAAAACAGUUUCAAACGAGGCCGGAUUGCUACGAAUGCCCACAUUGUUCCCAGGGAUGCCAUUAAAGGGAACAAAGUUAUCUUUAUGAGCCAAGUGAGUAAGCAGACUGUAGCAAGGUGUUCUGCAACCUUAGAAUUCAGCAAUGUUAAAAUCCAUCGAUGCCACGGUUCCAAUUUGUAUCUGUUGACUCCACUCAGGUCUGUGACUAUCCAGAAAUGUCGCCACACCAGGAUCAUCCUCGGUCCAGUCGAAACCACUGUCCAUGUCGAACACUGUGAGUUUGUCACGAUCAUUGCACCCUGUUACCGAAUAGUUAUCAACAACAGCCAGCUGUGUACCCUUUAUCUUCUCACCCCUAACCAACCGGUAAUUUUGAAUGGCAAUGACUCCAUCAGAUUGUCCCCUUUCCACACGUUCUACCCCAAACUGGAAGAGCAUCUGCUAAAAGUGGGUCUGGACGCCAACAACAACCUGUGGGACCAACCAAUCUGUUUGGGUUCAGACCACAGAGAAGUGGCCCCAGUUUGGGAGCUGAUGAAACCUCAGGAUUUUUACACCUUCAAUAUCCCGUUUGAGAUGGAAGGAGCUACAAAGAGCAUCCCCUGUGAAUUGCCCCAGCCAUAUCAAGACGCCAUCACCCAGCGCCAUAGAUCCGUUGUGACGUGGCAGAAACUGGUCAAAGAUGCCAAAUUAUCUCCAGAACAGAUCAAAGAGUUCCAGGAAGUCAUCGAGACGCAUUUCUUUAUCUGGUUAACAGAGAAUGACCACAAACGAGAACUGGAGAAUUUGGCGUGAACGCCUUUCAUGACUUCCUGUAUUUUACAGGCAUUGGCCCCAGGUCAGUCCUGAUCCAGCAGACCUAUGAUCAAAGAUGUUCCAGCUGUGCCCAUCCUGUCUUUACACUUAGGCAUAGUGUAUCUAAGACUCUAUUAUCAAAUGUGUUCUUCCUUAUUGCUGUUUAACCCCAGGUCAGUCCCUGUCCAGAUUGACCUAUGAUCAAAGAUGUUCCAGCCACGACUGUCCUGUUUUUUUUAUUCAGACAUAGUCUAUCUAGGACUACAUUAUCAAAUGUAUCCUUCCUUGUUGUUGUUUUGUUGUUGUUGCUUUUUAGCCCUAAAUCAACGUGAACCAACAAACCUAUGAUCGAAAGGUCUUCCAUCCAUGACCAUCCAACCUGUUAUUCAAGCACAAUAUAUACCUACAUGUCUAUUUAUUUAUAUAUUUUUUUUUGUCAAGACAGUAAGGGUGUAAUUCGAGGGAGGUUUGGCUGCUGUUUCUGGCAUGCCAUGUGACUACAUACACAUCCCUCUUGUUAACUACUGUCGCAUGUACUGCCAUCAAUGAUUCUGUCCCAUGGACGGAAACGGCUUCAUUUGAACCCCUGCCUGCUUGCUUUGUCUGUUCGCUGCUGUUGUUGCUACUACUACUAGUACUGCCACUACUAAUACUACUGCUAUUACUACUUCUGCUACCACUAGUGCUAUUAUUAUUAUUAUUAUUGUUACUGCUAUUAUUACUGCUACUGAAAGUAUUGUUAUUACUGCUACUACUACUACUACUACUGCUGAUGUUGAAUUCUCCCAUGCCACAUCAAUAAGUUGCCUUUCUCUCUCUCUCUCCCUCCCCAUCUCUCUCUAUAUGUAUAUAUAUGUAUGUAAGCAUAUAUGUGUAUAUAUGUAUGUGUAUAUAUAUGUAUAUACACACAUUUCAUAUUUAGUAUCACAUGCCUCUUUACCAUGUAAAAAAAAAUUCACAUAUCUCACACACAUUUCAUACAGUUUACAUUUCACAUUCCCCACACAUAUUUCUUUGUUUUAAAACUGCAAUGUCACACUAUCAUGUUUUAUAUCCUACUCUUAACCAUACUUCAUAAACUAUACAUUUCAUAAUCUACAUCUCACAUUUCAUACGAUCUACAUCUCACAUUUCAUACGGUCUACAUCUCACAUUUCAUACGGUCUACAUCUCACAUUUCACACGGUCUACAUCUCACAUUUCAUACACUCUACAUUUCACAUUCAUAGGUCAACAUCUCACAUAUCAUACGGCCUACAUUUCACAUUUCACACGGUCUACAUCUCACAUUUCAUACGGUCCACAUCUCACAUUUCAUACACUCUACAUCUCACAUUUCACACGGUAUACAUCUCACAUUUCAUACGGUCGACAUCUCACAUUUCAUACGGUCUACACUUCACAUUUCAUACACUCUACAUUUCACACGGUCUACAUCUCACAUGGUCUACAUCUCACAUUUCAUACUGUCUACAUUUCACAGUAUAAAAUAGUGAUUCUUCCAAAACUGCUUUGGCCAGUACAAAUCAAGUUUCCAAAAUAUAACACCAUUGGUUCCAAUGCCCCCAUUUAGCUCAAAAUCUUUGCAGCCCCUUGACCUACUCCCAAAUAAAUCCCAGUUCAAAAUCACCAGGUUAACCAUCAAUGAAAUAUAUACGUCGUGCAUUCAAAAAGUAUUCGAACAUCAAAACUAAAGCUGCAUGGAUGGGCAUGGGUGGGAGGUGAUGCCAUCCUUCAUGCACACGGUCUGUUAUUCUUUUACUUGUUUCACAUUUGACUGUGGCCAUGCUGGAGCACCGCCUUAAAGGGGUUUUUUUUUUCAGUCGAAGAAAUUGAUCCCAGGACUUAUUCUUUGUAAGUACU